GCAGGUGCUGCAGUUGGGGAGGGGAGUGUAGUGUCGGCGGCGAGCCUCUUGCCGCGACUAUUUCGCGUCUUGCUGAACUAAAGCGUGUCGAUUUAAAAUGUUGUAGGCUUCGUAGUGUAGGAGAAAAAUGCCGAGUUAUUCGAUAACGUGCUUAGUGCCGCCGUAGUGCGCCUUGCUGCUGGCUGAUCUCGCAGUGUUAGGGUUUGACGGCUGAGGGCCCUCUUCUGUACCAUAGCUUCUAAGCAAAUGCGAAGCUCUAGAACCUUUUCAGGCUUUCGCCAGCAUGUUUCAGUCGUUUAAUUAUUUUAUUGGUUUCCUCAGCGCGCGGUUUCAUGCGUACCUCAGAUAAGGCGCCUCAAUCGUUCAUGCGUAGGCACCCAUGGCGGACCCGUCGAUCGUUCUAGAGGAGGAGUUCGACGAGAACUAUGAGCCCACGCAGGAUGACAUCCUGGAGUACGCGCAGUGGCUGGGCAUGGAGCUCCCCGAGGAGGAGGAGCUGCUGUGGGUGGCGCGGCAAGGGCUCAAGGCGCCGCUGCCGCCCAACUGGAAACCAUGUCGCACAGACGACGAUGAGAUCUACUACUUCAACUUCCAGACGGGCGAGAGCGUGUGGGACCACCCGUGCGACGACCAUUACAGAGCGCUGUACACAGAGGAGAAGAACAAACUCAAAUCCAGAGCCGCAGCACCGGCAGCCAGCAGCAGCGGCAGCAGGAGGGGAGCGGGGGAUGGGCUGUUGCGGCAGGCGUCUCUUCCCCCCCAGCCGAAGGAGGAGCAUCGGAAUAACCUCUUCAGACAAGGGUCCCUGCAGCCCCAGUCGAUGUUACAGAGGAGGAGGAGGGUCGUCCCCAAAGGCUCUAGAGACGCUUCUCCCGAAUCUCCUAGUGCAGGAGUGCCGCAGGGGCGAGGCCGCCUGUCCAUAACUGACAGCUCGGAGGACGACAGGGGCAUGGCGCGGGCUGCUGCUGCUUCCCAGCAGCAAAUGAUGCUCCAACAGCAGCAGCAGCCGCAGCAGCAGCAGCAAAGACAGGCGCGACAGCAGCAGCAGCAGCAGCAACAGCAGCAGCAGCAGCAGGGGCAGCAGCAGGAGCCAGGGCAGAUGGGGCAGCAACAGAGCAGGAGGCCACCUGUAGGGUCUGUUGCAGGGGGGGCUGCAAGUGGUUCAGCAGCAGGUUCGGGGCAGGAGGUGGAGCUCCUGCAUCAGGUCACGUGGUCUCCCGAGCCUGGGCAGGGUCGGCGGUCGCCCAUGGCUAGCGCGCUGGCUCGGGCGGGGUCUAUGGGGGCUGCGAUUAAGGGCAAGCCUGCAGUUUUGGAAGAAACGGAUGCAGAGGAGUGGGAAACGUCAGACGACGAAACAGGCACCAGACCACCCACCUCCGCCGCUGCUGCCGCUGCCGCCGCCGCUGUGGCUGCUGCGAACGCAUCAACAUCAGCAGCAUCAGCAUCUGGGAUCCCUCCUUCCCAACCUGUGAAUGUUCCGUCUGCUGCUGCUGGAAUGGGGCCGCAAGGGGGAGGGGGCGGUGGGGCAGGCGCAGGGGCAGGGGCCGGAGAGGGAGGGGUAGGGGGAGGGGGAGGGGGAGAAGGGAGAGCGGCAGCAGGAGGUGCGGGUGCUGGUCGUGGGGGCGGUAGAGGAGGGGCGGAGGGCUACCACCAACAGCAGCAGCAGCAGAAACACGGGAUGGUUCCUCGGAGGUCCGGUGGAGCGCCGAACCAAAGCCAAGAGGCUCGGCGUGCUGCAGGAGGGGGAGCAGGAGUGGGAGCUGGAGGGGGUGGUGGGGAGGGUGCGGGGCCGAAGAGGACCAACAGCUCUGAUGCUCAGGGGGGUAGCAGUCAGGGCAUGCAGGGAUAUCCGAGAGCAGGGGGCAAUGAGGCGAGCCAAGAGGUGCAGAGAGCAGGUGCCCGGGCCACACAGUCUGCUGCAGGCAUCGCCAGACAGGGAUCCUGGGCCAAGCCAGCAGACGAUUCAAAGCAGCAGCAGCAGCAGCAGCAGCAGCAACAGCAGCAAGGGAGGGGGGGAGCGGCAGCAUCAGGAAUAGCAGCUUCUACUGGUGCUGCUGGUGCUGCUGGUGCUGCUGGUGCUGUUAGUGCGGCCGGGGGAGGUGGGCCUGGUGCAGGUGGCACUCGCAAGGCUGCUGGGCUAUCCGAUGGGAGGCCUGGAGGGGGAGCAGGGGUGGCGCUACCUGGGGGCUCUGGUGCUGCUCCUGUGGCGGCUGUAGCGGCUGUAGCGGCAGAGAGGCAGAAAAGGGAAGGGGAGGAGGCGAUGGGAAAAGGAGGGCCGCUUAAGGAGCGGGAGGCGUCGGCGCUGGAGCCCAAGGAAAGAGACGCUGAUGCUGAGGACGAUGAGGUGGUCCGCAUUCGGGAAUCAGCAGCGGCGGCGCAGAGGAGGAUCGCGCGGUACGAGGCGGAGUGCGACGGGCGGCUAGCGAAGCUCAAGGCGGAGAGGGAGGCGCUGGUGAGGCGCAGAGAGGCGGAGAUCACACGACUGGCUGAACAGCUGGGCACGCCGUUUGACGCUGGGGCCCUCACCCAGGCGCGCAGCGUGGCGGUGGACGAGGGGCGGGCGCUGAUCACGCGGGAGCGCGACGCCGCAGUGGCAGCGGCAAAGGAGGAGGUGGAGCGGGAGAGGCAGCGCGCCAUGGCGGUGCUCAGAGAGGAAGCUGCGGUGAAGGUGGCCCUCGAGAGGCGGCACCUGCAGGUGGAUCCACAGGUGGUGGCGCUGGUCAACCUGGAGGAGGUCGCGCGGCAGCAGGAGUUUCUGAGCCGGUGGCGUGCGGCACUAGAGCAAGAGAAUCCUCAAGUCCUUGCCCGAUGGAAAGCAGCCGCAACAGAGGAGGAGCAGCGCAUGCUGGAGCUUGCGCGCCGGGAAGCAGCGGCACGGGUGGAGCGAGUAGCAGAGCAGGAGGAGCGGUGGGAGAGAGAAGCCGCCCUGAAGCAGAUCCGAGAGCGAGUGCGGGCGAAGCUGGGGGACGAGGAGAGGCGCAUCUUGGCCCAGGAACGGGCGGAGAUGGCGUCCCGGGUCGCCGAAGCUGUGGCGGAGGACCGGGAGAGGCUCGUGGAGGCUCGGAGGAAGGAGGUGCUGGAUCGGGCGGAGAAGGAGGCGGGGGAGGAGGCGGAGAGGAGGAGGCAGGCGAAGCUGCUGGAUGCAUGGAGAAGAGUGGAGGCUGAGUUCGAAACGGUGCAAGAUGAGGGGUGGGAUAGUGUAGUGGAGAGGGCCAAGGGGUUGGCGGAGGAGGCAGGGAUUGCCAUUGUUGGAGAGAAGGGGAAGCUGCUUGAGAUUGUCAGGUGGUCUUUGGAAGAAGAGCGCAAGGAGUUGAGUGAGCAGAGGGUGGCUGAGGUGGUGGAGGUCUUAAAGGAGGAAGAGAGGGAGCUUGUAGCGAGGAUGAAGAAAGACAAGGGGGUGAAUGGGGAGGUUGUGGCUGGGGAUGGCGCGGGCGGUGCUGUGAGCGCUGCUUUGAAGGCUCGGGCUGAGGAGGAAGCUGCCGGGAAGCUGGAGAGGUUGAGAAAAGAGGCGGAGGAGAGAGUGAGAGAGCAGGUGCGAGGGGAGGAAGCGGCUCUGCUUGCGAGAAGGAGAGGUGAGAUGGAGCAGAGGGCUGAGGCGUUGGGUAGAGGCGGGAAGGGUGCGGUGAUACAGCUUGAGAAGGAGCUGUUGGAGGGGGAGUUGGGGGAGAAGAUAGCGCUGAUGAGGAAAGAGGCUGCAGAGAGGGAGGCACGGGAAAGGGAGAGGCUUAAAGCGAGUAUGGAGAGGAGGAUUGAAGAGGCGGUGGAGGGGGAGGAGAGGGCGAUGGAGGGGAUGGUGGAGGUGAGGAAGAAGGAAAUGAGGGAGAGAGCGAGAAGGGCGGUGCAGGAGGAGGAGCGGAAGCUCAUGGACGAGAUGCGGGCGCAGGUUCGGAAGAAGGUGGAGGAUAGGUUCGGCGCCGAGGCUGAGAGCUGGGCAGGUUCGGUGAGGGAGGAUCUGAUGGAGCAGGCUCGGAGGGAGGUGGAGGAGGUGGUGGAGGAGUGGAGGAGGAAGGAGUUGGAUGGGGCCGGGGUGAAGGGGAGUGGGACGAAGGGCGGGAAGAGGGGAGGGCGGAAGGGCAAGGAGGGGGAGGGGGGAGAGGAGGAGGAGGAUGAGGAAGAGGAGGGCGAAUUGGAGGAGGAAAGGGAGAUGAGAAGGCAAGAGAUGAUGGAGGAAUUGGAGGAGGAGGUGGAGAGGGAGAAGCAGAGGAGGUGGGAGGAGAUGGAGGAGGAUCUCCUCGGCCAAUGGGAGGCCAAGAAAGAGGAGCGGCUCGCUGAGCUGGCGCGGAAGGUGGGUGCUGACGUGGCGGAGGGAUACGAGAAAAUGCGGCGGGAGAAGGAGGAGGAGAUAGAGCGGAAAAUCUGGGAGCAGAAAGUAGCAGAGGUGGACGGGCAGAUAGGAAAACUUUUGGAAGAGGAACGGGCAGUGCGACUCCAAGCUGCCCGGAAGGUGAUGGAUGCUUCACUGAGGAAGCAGAUAGCGAGUGAGAGAGAGGAGAGCCUAGGGCAGAUGAGGAAGGAGUGGGAUGAGAUGGAGCCAGAGCAGCAGGAGGAGUGGGCGGUGGAGCAGAGGGAGGAGAAGCGGCGUAGGAUGGAAGACGAGAUGAGGAGAAGCGUUGAGGUGGAGGUGGGGGAGUACAGAGAGAGGAUGCUGGCUGCAGUGGCGGCUGAAGAGCGGGAGGUGCGGUCGAGGGAGAGGGAGAAGCGAGACGUGGUGCGGAUCGAGAGGGAGUAUAAGCGCCAGCGGCAAGAGAUGGAGCUGCGGGCGUCGCAUGCGCUGGAGGCGUUUAGGACGGAUUUGAGCGUGCGGUUGGAGCGGGAGAAGCUGCGACUGAGGCGAGAAGCGAAGCACGCUUUAGAGAGGUAUGAGAUCGAGUUGGAUAUUAAGGUCGAGAAGAAGGUCGAGUCGAUGCGAGUCGACCUGCAGAUUAGGCUGGAGGCCAUGCGGAGAGAAAUGGAGGUCACGCUGAGGAAGAAGGUGGAAGAGGAGAGGGUGAGAAGGCUGGAGAUACUUAGUAGAGAGUUGAAGGUGGAAGAGAGGGAGAUGAGGCGCGGGUGGAGAGAGCUGAUGGCUCAAGAGGAGGCUAAGGUGAGGAGGCAGUACGAGCAGAGGCGGAACUUGUUGAGUAAUGCGUUGGAUAGUGAGUCCAGUGGCGUGGAGGGGAGAGGAGGAGGGGGGAUCGGAGGGGAGGAUGGGAAGCAGCAGGGUCGGAGGGGCCCGAACCGCAACCCGCACCAGCAGGUUGGGUUCGGCGGGUUAGGUGCGGGCGGGGCGAGGGGGAGGGGAGGGGUGGGGAUGGGAGGGGGGGGAGGGGGGAUGUUUGGGGGAAUGGGGAGUGGGAUGGGGGGGAUGGGGGGGAUGGGGGGGAUGGGGGGGAUGGGGGGGAUGAGGCUGAUGGAUGGGAGUGGGGGGAGUGGGGGGGGGUUCAGGCUUCUAGAAGUGGCGUCUGAUAAAGCAGGUGCGAGUGGGGAGGGUAUGGGAGGAAGAGGGGGAGCAGGAGGAGCGAGAGGGAGAGCUGGAGGAGGAGGAGGGAUGGGAGGGAUGGGAGGGGGAGGAGGUGGGGGGAAUAUGGAUGGGUCGUGGUUGGAUGAGCUUAGGAGCGGGGGAGAGUCGGAUGUGAGUCUAAGCCAUGGGUUGAGUGCAAGUAGGGAGUUUGAACCCGGUACGAGUGAGGGUAGGGAGAGGAGAGCCAGAGGGAAGGGAGUGGGGAGGGGAGAGGAGGCAGGGGAACGGGAAGAGGAGGAGGAGGAAGAGGAGGAAGAGGAGGAAGAGGAAGGGGGGGAGGGGGGGGAGUCUUUGUCGGAAGAGCCUGAGCCACAGGAGGGGCAGACAGAUCGGCAGCAGCAGGAGAGACUCAAUGCUGCAGGGGCAUCAGCAGCAGCAGCAGGCUCGUCAGCAGCAGCAGCAGGGGCAGCAGCAGGGGCAGCAGGGGCAGCAGGGGCAGCAGCAGCGGGCGGUGAUGUAAAUGCGGCUGCACUGGGCGAGCUGCUCAGCACGGAACCGGACCGGUCGGACGAGGCAGAUAGCAAGAAGGACGUGGACGCCCUGCCCCCGGAUGCCACAGGGGGCGGCGCCGUGGCGUGGGGAGAUAGAGGGGAGCGUGGAGAGAGGGGCGAGAUAGCGGGAGAUGGGGCAAACGGGGUGGAUGUAGGGGGGAAAGCGGCUGCUGUCGGUCCGGGGAGAGAUGGAGGGGGAGGGGGAGGGGGCAAGGCAGCAGCCGAAGCAUCUGGAUCAACAGGAGCAGCAGGAGGAGGGGGCGGAGGGGGAGCGGAGGGGCAAGGGGGAGCAGGCGCUGCAGGGUUGCAGCCCUUAGGGUCGCCUGACGAUUCGGGCAGCAAUUUCGGGGAAAGUUCCUCGGAGCUCCCGAGGCUGGCGUUGGGGGGAGGGGGCGCGGAAGGGGAGGGGGGGGGGCUGGCGGGGGACUGGAUGGGGCGGGGGUGGGCAAAGCCGGGGCAGCGGCGGUCGAGGAACCGGAACAGCCAGAAGCCGCGGCAGCCGAAUGACGUGGCGGAUUACUACUCUGAAUGGAGCGAGUCGGGGUCGGACCUGGAGCUGGUGGAUCGGGAGUUGAGGCCAGGCGGGGGCAGGAAGGGGAUGGACAACGGAGACGAGUUGUUCGAUGAGGAAGGCGUGCCCUUCAGCGAACGAGCAUCAAUGGUAGAACAGGCGAAGCUCUUUGCAGCGGAGCAGCAGAAAUACCUCAAGGAAAGGCAAGCCGUGAUCGAAGCCGCCCGGCAGGACUGGCAGCGGCAGAUGGCGGCCGCCCAGGAGGUGUCGGACGAGGACGACCGGCGCCGGCGGAUCCAGCACCUUACAGACCUUAAAGCCACACUGGACCAGCAUGUGAGGGAGCUGAACGACGAUGCGAGGCAUGUCAGCCAGCUCAAGAAGAAUCUGUUAAGUUUCUCGAGGAAUGGUGCGAAUAGUGGGGCAGGGAGUGGUCCUGGGGCCGGGAGCGGUGGUGGGAGCGGGGAUUUUGGGAGAGGAGGGGGGAGAGGAGGGAGGGGGGAGGGGGGAGGAGGGAGGGCGGGGGAGGAGGUGGGGGAGAGGAGGAGCGGGAGGGAGAGGGGAGGGAGCGGUGGGGAUUCCGCCAGGUGGCGGCGUGCGAUUGGACCAGAAUGGGCCGCUGAUGAAUUUUCCGCCUGACGCUAUCAUGUCCCGAGCCUCAUCGUUUGCCUCGGCAAGCAUGGGUCGGGAGAGCUUCGACAUAGAUGAGAUGAUGGGGGGUUUAGGGUUGGAAGGGCCCUGGUCCAGACCUAGCCCCCGAAGCGGCCUCGGAGGCACAGGAGACAUGAUGGGAGGGCUGGGA